AUGACUAAAAACGCUCUGGCUUACCGGAGCGUUAUCUCUCCUAAAAGCACUCUCAAUAUGGCGACUAGCUCACUGCUUCGUGCUUGCGGAGGAGCGAGACAAUUGUUCUUUCGACCUAAUGCAUUACAAAAAGCAUUAUCUUGUGAGAUUCAGAAAGACAUGUCAGCUAAAGUAUUUUCAACAUCAUCUUCAUCUUCAAGUCUAGAAUAUUUCCGUGCAAGAAGAGGUCCAUUUACACCAGAGGAGAAGCAGAAGGGACACUCCAUGUUGGCUUCAACCCAUUGGAAGAUAGAGAGAGUGGUGGCAAUCUCUAUGAUACCUGUUCUGCCUGCUUGUAUCUACUAUGGAGGCCCAGCCUCUGAUUUCAUCCUAACUACUACUGUUUUAGCUCAUGGGCACUGGGGCGUUCAUGGAGUGCUUGUUGAUUACAUUGAGAAAUUCUUCCCACCUAUCCACUACUUCUGGUAUGCUGUUAUGAUCAUGGGCUUUGCAGGCAUGAUGCAUUUUAACUACAAUGAUGUUGGAAUCACUAAAGCCAUUGCCAUGUUUUGGGCCCUGUGAUGUCAAGACAUAAUAUAUUAGAUUUAAUCAUCUUUAUCCAUGUUGAUAAAGAAAUUUACUGCAAAAAGAUACUGCAACAAAUUAGAAGGGAAAAUUCUUUCUUUUAAAUAUUUUGUACACCAUGUCUACUUUGGCAAAAUUCUUCGCAACCAUUUAGCUCAUUUAAGGUUGAAAAGUUUAUUUGCUUAUUCUUCAUGAUCUUUACACCUACCUUUGCCAAUGUCGGAAUAUUAUUGUGGCACUAGAACGGAAUCUGAUAUUUAUUCAAAAAUAAUUAAUGUAUUAUACUGAGUCUUUUACAGUUUAUGAAAUGAAGAUAUCAGAUAUGGAGAUGAACCGUCACAUAUAAUUAGGACUUUAGGGAACAGUUUACCAAGAAUAAGAUAGUUAUGUGUAUACAAAAAGGAAGAAACAGUUUUUCGUUCUCAUCUUUUUUUGAUUAUUUAUUAUUUGCGUACAUGCAUAUUCAUUGAAUCCUAUUUUGGAAUUCAUUUUUGGUGCAUACGUCAUGUACAAAUGUGAUUUGUGCUGCAGGCAUACAUUGUAUAUAAUAAAUGGAAUUUUGAUAUCGAA